AUGGCAGGAGAAGUUAUUGUUGAUGCACUUCCGUACAUUGAUCAGGGCUAUGAUGAACCUGGAGUUAGAGAAGCGGCUCUGGCAAUGGUUGAAGAAGAAACGCGUCGUUAUAGGCCAACGAAAAAUUAUUUAGAACACUUGCCACCAUUAAAUAUAAAUGCUUUUGAAACAGAAGUAAUGAAACAUGAAUUUGAGAGAAUGCAAAAUCGUUUGCCAAUGGAAGUACUCAGUAUGAAACGGUACGAGCUACCUCCACCUCCACCAGGAAAAAUGAAUGAUCUUGCUGCAUGGAAUGAAAGUGUGGAAAACAGUAGUGCUCAAUUGGAACACCAGGCAACUAGAAUCUGUAAUCUUGAACUAAUGAUGGAUUAUGGAUGUGAGGCAUGGAAAUCUUACUUAGAAAUAUUGGUGCAACUAGUAAGUCAAGCUCAGAAGCAAUUACAAGCAUUGAGAAAAAAGAUUCAGGAAGUUAAUUGGCAAAGAAAAUCUAUGCAAACUCAAGGAGGAGAAAAACUGAGAGCAUUAGAAGCCCAAUGGGUUGGAUUAGUAUCAAAAAAUUAUGAAAUUGAACAAGCAUGUGUUCAUUUAGAGGAAGAAAUACAGAAAUCUAUGAUAAACAAAGGUGAAGGGCUAGAGAUUAGUGAUAUACCAGGAGAGGAAGAACCAGAUAUUCCAGGGAAAAAUGCUACAGAGGUCAUGGCAUCAGAAAUGGAUCUACAAGAGCAACAAGAAAAUCAAGAACCUUAAAGAACACAAAAUAAGAUUAAAAUUAUGUACAGUUAUAAAUAACAGUGUUUUAUAUUAUUAUUUAAAUAUAUUAAGUGUAUUUAAAA